CAGGCGGCGGCUGAUUAGCUCAGGUUUACAUCACCCGGCCCGGGAGCCCGAGUCCGGCGUCCGGCGCUCACCAGUCACACAGGCGUCCGGCUGCUGGGGACCCGGGCCGGAGCUCGAUCGGGACCCGGAGCUCAGCCGCAACGGAGCGGCCCCCAGACCUCCUGGGGGUGCCCUGGCGGCUCUGAGCUCGGGCGGCGCCAGGACCCGCGCGGGACGCGAGCGGAAGAUGCCAGCCACCCCUCUGGAUGCUCCUGUGGGUGCUCUCACCAGGAAGAAGCGGAUAGAAUUGGACGAUGACCUAGAUGCCGAGUUUUCCAGCAGGAAACGAGCUCAAAGUGGGCCCCAGCCCAGGGAGGCCCCUUGCUUGCUGCCCCUGAGCCCACCCCCUACCCCAGUUCUUGCACCUGCUGUGACCACUGCCUCCCAGCUCGGGCCCUACAUCCUCCUGGAGCCCAAGGAGGGUGGCCGGGCUUACCGUGCUCUGCACCGUCCCACAGGCACCGAGUACACCUGCAAGGUGUACCCGGCCUGCGAGGCCCAGGCCGUCCUGGAGCCCUACGGGCGCCUGCCCCCCAAUGAGCACGUGGCACGGCCGGCCGAGGUGCUGGCAGGUGCCCAGCAGCUCUACACCUUCUUCCUGCGGCCCCGUGGGGACAUGCACAGCCUUGUGCGCCGCCGCCACCGCCUCCCCGAGCCCGAGGCCGCUGCGCUCUUCCGCCAGAUGGCAGCCGCCGUGGCGCACUGCCACCAGCAUGGCCUCGUCCUGCGUGACCUCAAGCUGUGCCGCUUUGUCUUUACCAACUGUGAGAGGACAAAGCUGGUGCUGGAGGACCUGGAGGACGCCUGCGUGCUGACCGGGCCAGAUGACUCCCUGUGGGACAAACGCGCCUGCCCAGCCUACGUGGGACCUGAGAUCCUCAGCUCCCGGGCAUCCUACUCGGGCAAGGCAGCCGACGUCUGGAGCCUGGGCGUGGCGCUCUUCACCAUGCUGGCCGGCCACUACCCCUUCCAGGACUCGGAGCCCGCCCUGCUCUUUGGCAAGAUUCGCCGCGGGGCCUUCGCCCUGCCCCAGGGCCUCUCAGCCCCUGCCCGCUGCCUGGUCCGCUGCCUCCUUCGACGGGAGCCGGCUGAGAGGCUCACAGCCACAGGCAUCCUGCUGCACCCCUGGCUGCGGGAGGACCCACUGCCCCUGGUCCUGUCCCGAUCCCACCUCUGGGAGGCUGACCAGGUGGUCCCUGAGGGGCCAGGCCUGGAGGAGGCUGAGGAGGAAGAGGGAGAAAGGGAGGUGGGUCUGUACGGCUAGGGCCACCCUACUAGACCCUUGGCCACAAACAGUGGAUUGAGUUUAGGAUGUCUCCAAGCUUUCCUCCUCCCCUUUGAACCGAGUGAAACCUUAAGUGCCUUCAAGGAGAGAGAAAGGAGGAGGUGUGUACGCAGUGUGUGCAUUCCGCAUGCCUGUGCACACAUGCUGGUGCAUUCAGCAGGUCCUUCUUGGUGUUUACCGUGGGCCAAGUCUUUUUCUAGAUGCUGGAAACACAUCAGGGAACAAAAGAGACAAACCCCCUCCCCUCUCAGAGCUGACCUACUGGCCUUCUUGCACCACCAGCACUUUUCCACGCUGCGUGUGUCUGCGCUGGGCACGCUCAGCACCCACGAGUGUCGGCAUCCCCUUGGGCUGGUUCUCAGGCUCCUCCGUCCGAGGACAGUCCCUUUGACAGGCACCCCAGCUGCCUUUGAGUCUUGUACCUUGUCCAGAGAAAGGGACGCACCCCUGUGCCAAAAUCUCCAGGCCCCUACCUUGCAGCUUAUGACUCCAGAGCCCAGGACGUGCUGGGAACUGUGCUCCCAGCUCCUCUCUCUGGAUCAAGAGAUUCUUCCUCAGGCCGAGCCAGGGAUUUGGGCUGGAAGAACACGGAUCCAAACUGUGAGGCCGGUCCUCAUCUAACUCAAGGAAUGGCUUGGACUGAGGGUCCAGGCCUGUCUACCUGGUGGCCCCUGACCUGAGCACUGGGCUGAGGGACAGGAUUAGACGGGGUCCUGCCCCUGGCUACCUGGAGAGUACCGGGCCCUCUCCUGGGAACACUCAGGGUUCAGGAACCCACAUCAACACUAUGGGUUUUGGAUACCAUGAGUGCAUCUUUCUACCUUGUGCCUAAUAAAGGAUGAAAUCCUUUUAUUCCUC